UCCCCUUAUAAACACCUUCCUUCCCAAAACCUUAAUCCAUCAACCCUUUCAUUUCGUUCGCUUUAAUUAAUCAUCGACUUAUACUUUUAGUUGAGCUGAUUUCUUCACAUGUCAGACAAUUAUGGAGACAAUAGCCGGCAACGAAAAGAUGGCCUUGGAAAACGAGCCUUUUCUAAAUCGGGUGAACAGGUGGGGCCGUUAGUAGUAGGAGCUAUAGCUCCUUGUGGGGCUUGCAAGUUCCUAAGGCGGAAAUGUACUAGCGGGUGCAUAUUUGCACCUCAUUUUGGGUCGGACCAAGGGGCAGCCCGCUUUGCGGCUAUUCAUAAAGUGUUUGGCGCUAGUAACGUGUCCAAAUUGUUGCUACAUAUUCCUAUGAACCGGAGACAUGACGCGGUACUCACUAUCUCAUAUGAGGCUCAAGCGAGGCUUUCCGACCCGGUUUAUGGUUGUGUAUCUACCAUUCUUGCCUUACAACAACAGGUAGCAAGCAUACAAGCAGAGUUAACAAUGGUACAGAACCAAGUAGUAAGUAGCCGUAUGGCAAUCGCUAAUGCUCUUCAAAACUCUCAACAACAACAACAAAUAAGCAAUGAUGGUUAUGAAGUAGUCAUGCAUCAUCCUCAACAUCAUCAUCAUCAUCAUCAACAUCAUCUUCUUAAUACAACACCUGACUUCACUGCUGUUGCCGACACUUCUACACCUUUGUCUUCACAUAGUCUUGACCUUUUAUGUCUUUCUCGACCAUCUUAUCAUGAUCAUGAUCAUGAUGAAAAUGAUGAUGAUAUCACCCCUACCCACAUUGCAUUUGCCAAUCACCUCUUACAUUAGUUCAUUUAUCGUCCUUAGCAGGGCAUGCUUGUAUUUGUAGUAAAUUUUUAAACGAGAUAAAAAAAAAGAAUAUAGUGGUAUGAAAAAGACGAUGCCGAUUGAUAAGGAGAUUAUUAUUUUAUU